AUGCAGCUCAGUCCACUGCAAUCGCGACUGGCGGCCUCGCUGAUUGCCUCGUUGCUGCUACUCUUCAUCUACUACCUGCUAUCGACUCCCACAUUUGCCCUCGCCGCAGAUUUGAGCGAAGCGUUUACGCCUGUGUUGGAUCCUAUCGAACCCGACGAUGUUCUCGACCGACGAAGCGAAUUGAGUCCUGCCUACGAACCUGAGUUUGCCGCCUUCGACCGCAGUAUCAUUGGAAGGGCGCCUGCCGGAGUGACGGCGCUCGUGAACAACGUGAAGGUCAAUCGCAAUGUCCAGGGCAACCAGACACAGAGCUUCGUUUUUGAGGCCAUCUCUGUCUUCGCAAACUUCUUCGACUCUUCGCCCGAUGACGCGUUCGUUGUGGAGCCGCGGGAGAAUGGCAAUGCAUCAGGUGGGCGAGAAGAGGCGCACUCGGAGGUCGAAGAGGCUGGACUGCGGCCUAGGCAAAAGGCUCAAAGCAGGACUGUCUAUAUCUCUGCGACGACAUGUAUCCGACCGGAUCGCGCAGCGAACAACACCAAGCUGGACGCCCCGCAGAUCACGAUGUAUCUUUCGACAUCGAAGGAUAACCAAACGCCCGGACCAGGGCAAAAUGCCUCAACGCAAAACGCAACAAUCUUUGAAGAAGGCGCGGCAUUCAUGAAGGUCAAUGCGACGGGCGACAUUUUUAUUGGCAUAUCCGCCCCUGGGGUGGAUGCCGCGAACUUCACGGGAGACUGGAACUUUGAUGUAGCAGCAUCCACGGACGGUUUCUUCCACGACUAUAAUGAUUCACCCUCUGAGCUUCUCUGGGUCGACAGCGAUUCCAGCGCCGCUCUGUUGACCACAGCGAAUCUCACGGAUUCACACGAUGAAGCCACAAUCCAGAAGAUUCUGCAAGAGGGUCCGCCAUUUGUAAUGUUCGUUGAGAACAGAGACCACCCCACCACAAAAGGUGUUCGACGUUCGAUGUGCGGUCUGGAGAAGUACGCCGCUAUCGCGGCAACGAAGGGUGGCCAAUUCGGCAAUAAGGCCAGUACUGUAAUGACUACUAGAGGUGCUGGUAACCUGCCGAAGCAGCAAUUCUUCUUCAACGAUCUCAACGCGAGUGCUUUCUAUGACGGCAUCUUGGUUCAUAUUGGCAACACGACAACGAAAAAGCGGCAGGAAGGCGGUACUACAGGUAGCGGUGGCCGAGUCUUUCAAGCAACACCCUUCGAGACCAAAGACGGCGAAAAUUGCAAAAUUAUUACCGAUUUACAGUUUUGCAACGAAACGGAAUACGCAGUUCCCGCAAACUCCAACAAAAUGAACAUAACCCAGCUUGCGCAAUUUUAUGACAACUACGCCAAGGACAUGUACGACAACUUCAAGAAGCAGCUGGCGCAGGUUGCUUGCGAAGCACCCGAUGUACAGCGCUACUCACUGGCUCGAAACUGCACAGAUUGUGAGAUUGCCUACAAGAAGUGGCUUUGCACUGUAACGAUCCCUCGUUGCGAGGACUUUACUGCUGCUGAGGCCAACUUCUCGUUGGUUCGGAACGUCAACCAAACUUUCCCCAAUGGCACCCUACUCCCAAUCGAUCAGCAGACGAAAUACAACAAGCGGGUUUUCCAGCACUCCAGGAACCCCCUCAUCGAUGAAAUGGUCGAGCCAGGGCCUUAUCGAGAGAUCCUGCCUUGCGACUACCUCUGCUACGACUUAGUCCAGAGUUGCCCUGCAUCGCUCGGCUUCAACUGCCCGACGCCUGACGAUGACAUUUUCAACUCGAGCUAUGCGAUUCAGGGAGAUGGCCUUACCUGCAACUACCCGGGUGCGGUACACAAUCCUUCUGGUUCGGCGAUGCUAGCGGUGUCUUGGGGCUUGCUCUCAUUCCUCGUGUUUGGGACCCUCAGCAUUGUUUUGCUCUGA